AUGAAUAUCAAAAAACCUACAAACAAAAGUAAGGAAGAUAUAAAUAGAUUAAGAAUGGUAUUAGAUUAUCGUUGGGAUCCUAAAUAUCAACCACAAGGAAAACCCGCCAUUCCUGAAUCAUUUAAAAUUGUGCGGGAAUCCAAUCCAAUUGAAACAAAAUAAGGCAAUGAUUUAUAGGCAGUAUUUAUAAAUCUUAAAUGGGGAUAACAUCUAAAGAUUGAGGAAUUUGUAAUAUUAUGUAUUUAAGAUAUAGAAAUAAUUCAACUUGAAUGAUUCAUAAAUGCAUAAUGGUAUGUUAUUUAUUUGGUGUGAAAAGGAUAAUAUUAUGGAAAUUAUCGAUCAAUUAGAAAAGCUUGGAUUCAAUUAUGUUGAAAAUUUCACAACAGUUCUAUUAUCAUUAGAAAAGAUAUUAACAAUCAUGCCUUCUGAACCUUAAGUAAGAAAAAUUACAGAAUUCUUCAGUAAGAAGAAUAUAAAAGAGUAAAAGGAAAUAAAAAAAAUAGAUGGGUUAAAAAAUUAAGAUUAAUUACCUGAUUUAGAUCCUACUUAAGUUUUUUGGAAUGAAAAUUAUACAUAUUUUAGAAAAACCAAAAGAACAUUGUUAAUGUUUAGAAAACAAUCCAAACAACAAUUAGAAUUAAGACAUUAAAGAACUGGAGAUAUCUUUUUUGAUGUCAUUGAGAAGGACGGUUAAAAUCUUUCUGCUAUAGGAAUGGAAUAUAUUUACAAAAUGAUUGAGACAUUAUUGCCAAAAGCAUAAUAUAAGGCAGGAGAGAGUUUAAAAAUGAUGGAAUUAUUUGCAGAUCCAAAUACUUAAGGAAGAUCUGGAUGGAUUUAAGUAAUUUAAGAGUGAU